AUGUCUCUUCACAGCCCUCAGGUGCCUUCAGAGACGCUUUCUUCCCAGGACAAUGUCAGUAUCUCUUUCUACCAGCCACCUGCUUUCCUCAUGAUUGGCAUUCCAGGACUAGAGGCCAUUCAUGGCUGGAUCUCCAUCCCCUUUUCUUCCAUGUACACGGUGGCACUCACUGGAAACUGCCUCAUUCUCUUGGCUAUCAUGAGGACCUCCAGCCUGCACCAGCCCAUGUACUACUUCCUGUCGAUGCUGGCCCUCACAGAUAUGGGCCUCACCAUGUCCACCCUCCCCACCACCUUGGCUGUGCUCUGGUUUGACCAGCGGCUCAUUGGCUUCAACGCUUGCUUGAUUCAGAUGUUUUUCUUGCACUCUUUCUCUGUGGUCGAGUCCUCGGUCCUCCUGGCCAUGUCAUUUGACCACUUUGUGGCCAUCUCCAACCCUUUGCACUAUGCCACCAUCCUCACAAAUAACAUCAUCAUCAGGAUUGGGAUGGCCAUUGUGGCUCGAGCCACUCUGUCCCUCUUCCCAGUACCCUUCUUGCUGAAACGACUCAACUUUUGCCCUGGUAAGAUUCUCUUGUCGCACUCAUUCUGCUUCCAUGCUGAUGUCAUGAAAAGGGCUUGUGCGGACAUUACCGUCAACAUCCUGUAUGGGUUGUAUGUGGUUCUGUCCACAGUGGGUGUAGACUCCUUGCUCAUUGUCCUGUCCUACACCCUUAUUCUCCACACGGUGAUGGGGCUGGCUUCUCCUAGGGAGCGUGUUCGAGCUCUCAACACCUGUGUUUCUCAUAUCUUAGCUGUUCUGGUCUUCUACAUCCCAGUCAUAGGUGUAUCCAUGAUCCAUCGUUUUGGAAGACACCUGCCCCACAUUGUACAUUCUCUUGUUGCCUACGUGUAUCUGGUGGUUCCUCCUGUACUCAAUCCCAUUAUCUACAGUGUCAAGUUCAAGCACAUCAGGAAAGCCAUGCUGAAGGUGCUUAGAGGAAAAGGCCAGAACUGA